CAGCAGCUAUUUCUGUGACGGGAUCAGGUUACUCCACUGGCGUUCAGGUGCAAAAUACACCUGCUUCCAACGCAAAGAUGGACAACACGCCAUGGACGGCGUUCUUGCUGGCUGGGACGCUUGCAGUGUUUGUGGAGGGAAGGAUUGACGUUUUGGAUGGACAUGUCGACGUGGGAACGCCGCUGGUUCAGACGCUGACAGAGAAUGUGGAGGCACAGAAAGACCGGUUUGUCCAGGAGUUAUCCAAUAUGGUGUCGGUGCAGUGCAAGAGGAACACCAUGGACGUGGUUAUCAUGCUAUCUCCUCUCACAGAAAACUACAACUUUGAAUUCCGAGACGCCUCCUGUCGGGCUGUCCGGGACGUGCACCACUUCCUCCUACAGACGCGUCAUGACGAGUGCGGCACACGUAAGGAGAUCCGAUCUGCCGAGCACGUCAAGUACAGCAACGAACUGCAGGCCUACUCAACAACAGACCCAGGGAGACUCGAUAACGCAGGACCCCUUCAGAUCACCAGAACUCCCGACUGGACCGUGAAUAUCCGUGUGGAGUGCUACUACAACAUGAGUCAGGUUCAGACAGCAGACUUCGGUGUGUACGAGGGAGAAGCUGACCUCCUGAAGCACGGUUUGAGUAGUAUUGGCUUCCAGCUGGAGAUAUUCGACAACCCUGACUUCUACAAGGAGAAUUCUAACAAGAUAUUCGUGCCGCUAGGGGCGCCCCUGUACCUCCAAGCCUCCUUUGCGCCAGAGUUCAGUGACCCUGACCUGAUGGUGUUUACGGAGAGCUGCUGGGCCACGCCCAUGGGGCUGGGAGAGGGAAGCAAUGGGAGGUACACCAUUCUGGAGGACGGCUGUCCGAUUGACGACACGGUUACCUUCCUGCCGUCCUCCCCGGACCGAUACCGGUUCAGCCUGGAUUCCUUCAAGUUUGUGCCAAACGUGAAGGAGGUCAACAUUCACUGCAGCAUCAUGGCGUGUGAUGCCCUGGACACAAGCUCAAGAUGCCAUAGAGGUUGCCAUGGUGAUGUACAAGAGGACACACCCAUGGGAAGAGGAAACACACCUAUGGAAGAAUCCUACAUAGAGGAUGAUGAUGAUGAAGAUGAGUCUGACUACACAGGAGGUGACUUCAUGCACAGGAGGCUGAUGUCUGUGGACACAUCUGUGGUAUUUGUGGAGGAAGAUGAGGAUGCUGCAGGUACAGAUCACAGCGAUAACCUGCAGGAGCUGUAUGAAGCCAAGAUGAGAGCAGCUACUGAAGUGUCUAUGCCUCCACUGGAGGACAGGAUCCCUAAACCACAGGCACCAGAUAUCACAAGCCAAACUUCCACUGAUGCUGCCAAACCACAGGACUCCAGCGUGUCUCUCCUCACCACACUGUUAGCUGUGGUGCUGGCUGUGGGGGCGUACGCCAUCCUUGUUCCCAGGGUAUCCAGACACACAGGCAACCCCAGGGUCAGGAGGAAGCUGUCCCCAGGGUACACACAUGGCACCGGGAGGUCAAGGGUCAGGGAGGACGAGGGUUAUGGGUCACCAGGAGGGUACUUUUCAGAUUCUGAUGAUGAGUAACAAGUCGGUUUACGCACACAGACUAUAUGAGUUUAUAGUUUAUAGGAUCAUGGGUUAUUCAAUACUGAUGAGAGACAAUAGGGUGUACCCGACAAUGCUUUCACAGCUGUGUUAGGUUAGCCCUUCAAGCUAUUACAUCUUUUAUUCAUAUUUAAGCAUAUCAUACAGCCUGAUCAAAGCAGUAUUGAUCUUUGGUUGGUGUGACGUGAAAACAAAUCAUUACCUCAUGAUGGUGUUACAGGGUUAGGUGUACAUUAUCUCCAAAGGCCAUGGGAAUUUAACAACAUAGGACCAUAUAUAUUCAGUUGCCUGAAAGGACAGUUCAGUCCACAAACGCCCCUAUUUGCAGCUCAAGUACAAGAAGAGUUUGUAUUUGGUGACUAUAAUAGUUUCUUCACAGUACAUCAUCUUUUCAUUCAGAAGUUGUUAUAAAUAGAUUAUACUUCUCUUCAUAAUGCGUCAGCCGUUUCAUCAUCAGUCAUAGUGAUACCCAAUUAUGCCGAUAGAAUAAUGCAGCAGUUUAGUUUCCAUCACUUAUCUUUACCAGUGGUUCAGAUCUGCAGAUGUUGUGAAGAUCUGUGUUUGUUUGACUUGAUUAUGUUUUCAUAUUACCUUUUUCGUAUUAUAACAUUCAAGUGUACAACAUGACAAAGUUACUUUCCA